CUUUGCUCAUCGCGACACGAUGAUGUUGAAUGCGCUUACUUGAAGGGGGAGCGGAUCCCAAAACGAAGCUUCUGAGCACUUUAAGGAAUCGAGAAACGACCACGCCAAAUGAAAUUACGGUUGAUAAAGUGCUCGUGCAACCGAAAGCAAUGGUGAUCCGAUCAGGCGGAGGCAAUGUCAAAGUCCACCGAUCUUCGUCCUACGGUGCUCCUCGUAGUGUACGAGUUUUAGGGCAACUCGUCUGCUGGAGCAGACUCGAUCAGUCACCGGGUGACACUUGCCAGGUUUUGUCAUCUCGUCUCACCUCCCUCCUACUUUGACUAUUUGAAGUCCACUGUUGAUACUAGGGUGUGAUUUCGAAGGGAACAUCGGAGCUGCCUAACUAAAUGGACUUAUUAUCGAAGUCAAUUGGGCUACUGCUCGUAGCUAUGGAGGUCCCGGCAAGUGUUUGACGGUCCUCAAAAUAUCUCACUCUCUCUCCACUAGAUCAACAUGUCUUCUCAGAGUAUGCGUAGACGAGAUCUGGUUCCAUGAGCCAGCAGAGUACCGUAGAGAAGCGAGAAGGUUCCGCAUUCCACUGUGAUGUCACAAGUGAAUGUGACAUCACUGUCACAUUCCAGGACUGUAUUGUACGAGCUCUGAGCUCCGAGGCUUGUAUACUGUAACCAGGCCGUUCCACCUCUGAUCGGGCAGUGUGAUCGUUAUCUGUAUACGGCAUGUGAGAAUUCGACAGAAGAGUUCUCUACUAAACUGUUUUUUCCCACUCCACAUUGAGAGAAAACUAACGGACUUACAGUUGAUUGUUAAUGAGGUGAUUCCUAGAAACCCA